AUGAGUACAAGACCACCGCUAACAUUGAAGGGUUCGGAGCGUUUGAAGGCAGAAUUACAGCGGUUGAAAACCGAAGAUCGCCCGCAAAUUAUUCAAGCGAUUGCGACGGCACGUGAACACGGCGAUUUGAAAGAAAAUGCUGAAUACCAUGCGGCGCGUGAGCAGCAAAGUUUCUGUGAAGGGCGUAUCAAGGAGCUGGAAAGCAACUUGUCGAUGGCGCAAAUCAUUGAUGUUGCUGUGGUCGGUGCGGCAAACCCCGGCAAAGUGGUGUUUGGGGCAACGGUUGAGCUGGAAGAAGUUGAAUCGGGCGAAACCAUUACCUACCAAAUCGUGGGUGACAUCGAAGCGGAUAUUAAGCACAACCGUAUUGCUAUUUCUUCACCGAUUGCGCGUGCCAUGAUUGGUAAGGAAGAGGGUGAUGUUGCUGUGGUGCAAGCGCCGGGUGGUGUACGUGAAUACGAAAUCGUUGCGGUUACUUACCAAUAG